AUUGCAACACAGCAAACAGAGAGAAAAAAAAUAUAUAGAGAAAACCCCCAAAAACAAAAGGAAAAUGGCGGUGCACUUCUCGUUGAUGUUCCUUUUCGGUCUUCUAGGCAACGCCAUCUCGUGCAUGGUGUGCUUGGCCCCGCUGCCGACGUUCUACCAGAUAUGGAAGAAAAAAACCAGCCAAGGCUUCCAGUCAAUCCCUUACGUCAUCGGCCUCUUCAGCGCCAUGCUGUGGCUGUUCUACGCGCUGUUCGCCAAGGACGCCAUGCUCCUCAUCACCAUCAACGUCUUCACCUUCUUCAUGCAGACGUUCUACAUCGCCCUCUACCUCUUCUACGCCACCAGCAAGGACCGGAGGACCACGUUGAAGCUGCUCUCCUUCUUCAACGUCGUCGGGUUCGGCGCAAUCUGUAGCUUCACUCUGGCCUUCACCCACGGCGUAGUUCGUGUUCAGGUCCUGGGCUGGAUCUGCAUGGUCUUCUCCCUCUGCGUCUUCGUCGCCCCUCUUGCCAUCGUCAGGAAAGUGAUAAAAACGAAGAGCGUGGAGUUCAUGCCGAUUUCGCUCUCUUUCUUCCUGACUCUCAGCGCAGUCAUGUGGUUCAUGUACGGCUUCCUCAAGAAAGACCCUUACGUCGCUGUUCCCAACAUUUUGGGAUUCAGCUUCGGAAUCGUGCAGAUGGUGUUGUACUUGGUGUACAGGAAGAGCAGUACUCCGAACAAUUCUGCUGAUGAUCUCCCGUUGAAGAAGGAGGUGGUGAUCGACAUGGCAAAGCUAGGGGAUCAGCAGAUCAACCAGGUGGUCCCCGUCGACCCGGCCGCAGUUCCGCCGGAGCUACUCAUCAUCAACGUGGCCGGGGAGGAAGAGGAAAACCGGAGGAAGGAGCAACUGAAUAAGCAUAUGAACAAAGGAGGCAUGGUAUUCAACGACAGCUAAACGACAUAAUUUAUUCCAAUACAACGCCGCAACUAUUAAAAAAAAGGGGGGAAAUAAAAGCAUGUUUUAUUAUAUUUGUAGAUUAUUGGGCUACUGACCACCUACCUGCGUACGAUGUUUUUACCUUUUAACUUCGCAUGUUUUAUCUUUUCCAUGAAUUGGGGCUUGUGUAGUAGUUUCUACCUCGUACGUCCUUCUGUAAAAGACAAAAAAAGGGGGGCUCUUUGCCGGUGAGAGGCACCAUUUUUCAUUUAAAGGGGAAAAAAAAAGAACAAAUGUAUUCCUGUUUCCCACUUUCUCAAGUUCUGUUCUCAUCCAUAUAAAUGCAUUUGGUACAUAAAUUAAUAUAUGAAAUCAAUAUUU